ACAGACAUCUUUGCCCGUCUUUGUAGGCGCUUUGGGAGAGUUGAUGUUGAUAGAGAAGAGUCUAGAGUGAAGCAAACGAAACCUAAAGAGGCCUGCAGACAGACGUCAUCCCCUGAAAAUGUCCAAAACAAGGUGCAGGCAAAUGAGGAAGAGGAGAGGCUGAAUAGAGAACUGGAGCUAACUACCAAGGAGAGAAAUGAGCUGACAGAUCGCCUCCUUUAUGUGACAGGUGGAUCCAUGAGCAAGAGCCCGUACUUCAGGCCAAAUCCAUUUUAUGAAAACUUGAAGAUAAAGGAGAAACAGGUCAUGUCAUUACUGCACAACUUAGACACAAAGAACAUUGAACAUCGUGAGAAAUUUCAGGAGCUCAAGAAGGAGAUUAACUUCUAUCGCAACCUGCACAGCCGGCUCCUGAUGGACCAGGCAUGUAUGAAGAAGAAGUUGGUCACAUUGAAGCAGGAGUGCAAGGAGUUACAGCGAUAUUUGUUUGAGUUGAACCCGAAUGAUGAAGACGAACAGGAGAAGACCAGCAACCUCCAGACCCAGCAAAAUGUGGUCUCAGGAACUGCAGGAGACAUGGAAUAGGACGGAUCCCAGGAAGACAGCCCCCUGAAGAAUGAGUUUCUCUCUCAGGAGUUCCCUGUGACGACAAUCCUCACAGUCAAAGACUUUUUGUGGGUGAAUAUUCUUCUUCUCAGAUAAUUUCCUCAAUGUAUAGAGACCCUACAUUUAUGUAUCCGUAUGCCAGCCUGUCUGGUUGAGGUCUUUCUCCUCUCUCAUACCGACAACACCAUUUGAGAGACAACUGAGGGGACUGCCUUGACAUCUCACGUCCUAGAGGAGAAACAGCACUACAACUGUGUUUCUAAAUGUUCAUUAAGAAAAUGCUGUUAAGAAAUGUUUUUGGUUAUGAUUUUCAUUGAAGUUUUCUUUUUGUUAUUUCAUAGUUAUAUAUUCUUGUUACUGUUUUUCAUUUUAUACCAUUUUAGGUAUUCAUUUUAUUCCUGUUUUUUGUAAAUUGUACUCCUUAUGAAUAAAAAUUGAUUUGAAA